AUGCAACGGUCAAAUUAUGGGAAUUUCCCCCCGGCGAACUCUCCCCCUCUCCAUCACCCCGUCCCUCAACAUGUUUCUACUGUCCCCCAGCUACGAUCACCGCCUCCGCCAGUUCCACUGCAACAACAUCAAUCAUAUGGAAACCCCUAUCAGCCCCAGGCUCCAGGAGGUGCUGGCGCAUUCGGCGCAUAUGGUGGCUUUAUAAAUGAUCCUACGGCGCAAAUGGGGUUCCAAGUUGGACAAACAGCAUUUAAACAUGGAACAGAAUAUGUGGAACAAAACUUCAAUCGCUAUGUCAAUGUUUCGGCGCUGAAACACUACUUUAAUGUUUCAAAUGGAUAUGUUGUCAACAAGUUAUUUUUGGUCUUAUUCCCAUGGAGACAUAAGCCUUGGUCGAGAAAACAGUCCAUCGGUCCAAGUGGCCAAGAAGGGUGGUUCUUACCUCCAAGAGAUGACCUCAAUAGUCCAGAUAUGUAUAUUCCAGUAAUGGCACUUGUAACAUAUAUUCUUCUUUCCACACUUUUAGCUGGUCUCAGAGGCGCUUUUCAACCAGAACUUCUUGGAUCCACGGCAGGAUGGGCAUUUUUUAUUGUGUUUAUCGAAAUUCUAGGAUUGAAGCUCGGAUGUUACCUCCUAUCCAUUUCAAAUGAGUCUCAGAUACUUGAUUUGGUCGCCUACUCUGGAUACAAAUUCGUUGGAGUUAUCGCUACUCUGGUUGUUAGUGAGAUCAUCAAUGGUGGAAAGGGGACUGGCGGGUGGAUUGGCUGGACUGUUUUCAGCUACACUUUCCUCGCUAACGCCUUGUUUUUGGUUUACGAUCCUUAA